AUGGGAGGUCUGUGCUCAAGAAGAUCCACAGAUGAGAGUGGAUUGCGCAGUAUAAUUCCGCAUGUUAAUGGUCACCUUAAUUAUAGUUCUGGAAUGGCCUAUGGGUCGCGUGGAUUCCCUGCGCAAGAAAAUAAUAAUGCUAUGCAGCAUCCAGUAGGCGAAACCAUGGAUAAGCAGCUUACUGAACCCUUUUCAUUUCCUGAGGUGAAUACAAGUUAUCUUGGUACAAAUCUUGAUGACGCCACUGAUGGAAUACCUCGCUUGUAUAGGGCUAUGUCAAAUAAAUCUAGAUCAGCAAGGCCAACACAAGUGGCGAUUGCAAAGGUUUCAGAAGUGGGUUCGUUUUUAGGUAAAGCAGGCUCAGCAGGUCUGGGGAAGGCAGUAGAUGUGCUGGACACGCUUGGUAGUAGCAUGACAAACUUGAACCUCAGUGGUGGCUUUGCCUCUGGUGUGACGACAAAAGGAAAUAAAAUUUCAAUUCUGGCUUUUGAAAUUGCAAAUACAAUUGUUAAGGGCGCAAAUCUCAUGAAUUCCCUAUCCGUAGAGAAUAUCACACAUUUGAAGGAUGUAGUGAUCCCCUCUGAAGGUGUCCAACGCCUAAUAUCGAGAAACAUGGAUGAACUUCUAAAACUUGCAGCUGCUGACAAGAGGGAUGAAUUGAAGUUGUUCUCUGGAGAAGUGGUUCGUUUCGGAAACCGUUGUAAAGAUCCUCAAUGGCACAACUUGGACCGCUACUUUGAAAAAUUGGAAUCAGAUUCCACGCCACAUAAGCAAUUGAAAGAAGAAGCUGAGAGUGAGAUGCUGCAGCUAAUGACAUUGGUUCAACAUACUGCUGAACUGUACCAUGAAUUGCAUGCUUUGGACAGGUUUGAGCAAGACUACCGUCGUAAAGCCCAGGAAGAAGAUAAUCUAAAUUCUGCUCAAAGGGGUGACAGCCUUACACUUUUAAGGGCAGAGUUGAAGAGUCAAAGGAAGCAUGUCCGAAAUUUGAAGAAGAAGUCACUUUGGUCUAAGAUUUUGGAAGAGGUGAUGGAGAAGCUUGUGGAUAUUGUGCAUUUUUUGCAUUUGGAAAUCCGUGUUGUGUUUGGCCCAGCAGAUGUAGAUCAACCAUUAAAGAGCUGCACGCAGAGGUUGGGAUCUGCUGGCCUUGCAUUACAUUAUGCAAACAUCAUCAUGCAAAUUGAUACUCUAGUUACUCGCUCUACUUCAGUGCCACCAAAUACAAGAGAUGCUUUGUAUCAAGGGCUGCCUCCAAGUUUAAAGUUAGCUUUACGUUCUAAACUGCAAUUGUUGCAGCUAAGUGAAGAGGCAACCAUCCAACAAGUUAAAGCUGAAAUGGAAAAAACUUUGCACUGGCUUGUUCCAAUGGCUACCAACACAACAAAGGCACAUCAUGGCUUCGGUUGGGUUGGAGAAUGGGCAAACACAGGAUCGGAAAUGAACCGGAAAACAAGCGGCCAGACUGAUUUACUUCGAAUACAGACUCUUCAUCAUGCUGAUAAGGAGAAGACAGAAGCUUAUAUUCUUGAUUUGGUAGUGUGGCUUCAUCAUCUUGUCAGCUUAUCAAGGUCUGGAUUUAGAUCGCCUGGGAAGUCUCCUAUCCGCUCCCCAAAUCAAAAGACUAUUCAGUUGAUGCCAGACAAACCAAAUUGUCGUUCGCCAACCUUGACCGUCGAGGACCAUGAGAUGCUUCGUGAUGUGAGCAAGAGGAAGCUGACUCCUGGAAUAAGUAAAAGUCAAGAAUUUGAUACUGCCAAAACUAGGUUGAUAAAAAAUCAUAGGUUAACGAAGAGUAACAGCCAUUCUCCAACGUACGAAACUAAAAAGGAGGUCUUCCCCAUCAGAAGGCCAUCAUCAAUUCCAGUGAUUGACUUUGAUAUUGAUCGCAUGAAAGCAUUAGACGUCAUCGAUAGAGUGGAUACAGUUCGAACUGGGCAGUUUGUAGGAGGGUAA